AUGAUGCACCGCCGUGACUUGGCCAUGUUCGAGCUUGCAACCUACGACCACAGCGCUAGACUUGACCUCAACCGCCACGCCGUCAUUUGCCCCAAUAAUGAGAGCAUCACCACUAUUUACGAGAAUUGGUCCACAAUGCAGAACUCGUUCAGACGUAUGUUGAAGGCUCAACAACUUCGGGAUGCGCUCCAGGAAUACCACUCGGGCUCGCCAUUCAUUCGUGAGAGAUGUCAGAAUUUACUGUUCCGCUUAAAAGACGACAUUGAGUUCUAUUACCAACUGGAGCAUCGCAACGAGAAGAUGAUGGCCCAAAAGGCCGCGCAUGACAUUUUGGACGACAACCUGGUCCCCGCCGAGUACGUCGACGAGUACCUCGAGUUCCUCCGCACGAGAUCCGAAGGCGAAGGUGAAUGGAUGACAAAGCUCCUGGACUUCGUCUUGGUGGUCCGCGUCUCUGGCAAAAGACGGUAA